AUGAAGAUGAACCUUAUUGUUCUUUUCUUUCUUGCUCUCAUCUCAUCAUCCACCUUCCAUGUCUCAUCUUAUGGAAAUUCCAAUUCUGAUUUCUGCGUAGCAAACCUAUCCGCUGCAUACACUCCUUCAGGCUAUCCAUGCAAGUCACCAAAAGACAUAACCGUCGAUGAUUUUGUAUUUCAUAACUUUGUAUCUGGAGAACCAAUACACCCUUUCAAUAUUACAUUAACCGUUGCGUCCGUCGAUAAUUUUCCCGGACUCAACGGACUUGAUAUCUCUGCGGCAAGAGUCGACGUCGGUGUAAAUGGAACUAUUGCAAUGCACACUCAUCCUGAUGCUUCUGAGUUACUAAUCAUGGUUAAAGGUCAGUUAAGAGCUGGAUUUGUGACACCGAAGAAUGUUUAUGUGAAGGAUAUCAAGCCGGGUGAUGUUAUGGCUUUUCCAAAAGGACAGGUGCAUUUUGUAGUGAACUCUGGAGGUGAAGAAGCUGUUGCUUUUGCUACUUAUAGUAAUUCAAACCCUAGCUUUCAGUUUAUUGAUCAUCUACUCUUUGCAAACAGCUUAACAAGUUCUGUGAUUGCAGAGUCUACUCUUCUUGAUUUUUCGGAAAUUGAGAAGCUUAAGACUGUGUUUGGUGGCAGUGGCUAG